AUGGUCCAUGCCAACGAUGUCAUCGCCAUCAUUGUCAUUCUCCAUCUAGCAAUCGGUGUCCUCCUCGGCAUCUGUAUUUGCUGCAUCAGGCGUAACAUCCCACCGCCAGACACCACCACCAUCUCUACUGACGACAACUCAUCAACAUCCAUCUAUAUCACCAAGGUCCCAACGCCAGCUCCAGCUCCGGCUCCAGCUCCAGCUCCAGCUCCAGCUCCAGUUCCAGUUCCAGCUCCGCCUUCGCCUUCGCCUGCACCUGCACCUCCGCAACCGCCGCCACCCAACGACAGCUCCUUUAACCUCCCAUCUCAUCAGAGCGGAGCGUUUAACUUGCCGCGUCGAACGGGCGGUGGAGCAAGUGCACAUCGCACAAUCACACGAUGA